AUGUCAUCGGAGAAUAAAUCCGUCGGUGAAUCACAGUGUUUGUCACUCAGUUUCAUAGACGAUUUGAAUCCAUCCAAAGAUAUGUGGACUAUCAAGUGUCGAAUCAUCCGCAAAUGGAUUCAGCCCUUUCGGAUGGAUCUCGUGUUGAUCGAUAAGAAGGGUCGUAAAAUUCAAGCAGGUAUUAAGGCUCCAUUGAUACCUGUGUUUAUCUCUCAACUCCAUGAGGAUGAGGUUGUUAUUCUAUCCAGAUUUGGUGUUGGAGAAAACAAUGAUACCUACAAAGUUGUUAAUCAUGGUUACAAGAUUAACUUUUACCGUUGUACGGUUGUUACACUUGCCAGUGGUUGGGAAGGGGUUGAUUAUGGAUUUAACUUCAUGGCACAUUCAGAAAUUCUUAAAGGAGAGGGAAAGAAUCUGGUCACUGUUGAUGUUGCUGGAAUUGUUGUGUCGUGUGGAGAUAUGGAAGUCUUUCCGAAUGAAAGAAAAAGGAUGAACUUUGAUCUUCAAGAUGUGCAGGGAGAAGUAGUUCGUUGUACUUUGUGGAAUGGAUAUGCACAACAAUUUAAUGAUUUCUUGACGCAAAACAAUCCGAUUGAGAAUGUCAUGGCUGUCAUUCAGCAUGCGAAGAUUAAGCUGUGGCAGGGACAAUAUACCGUUCAGAAUGAUAAGUUUGGAACUCGACUGUUUCUCAACGAAGAAAUUCAUGAGGUUAAUGAACUUCGUAGGAGGCUUUUAGUGAAACACUUUGAAGUUGGUGCUUCUUCUUCUCAAACCAUUCUUUCAUCUCAGAGUGUAUUUCCAGUCCGUCAAGAAUUUCUAAUUGAUACUCCUAAGAAACAUGUUGAUGAAAUAAUUGAGAUUGAAAGCGUAAUGUCAUGUGUGGUAGUUGCAACGAUCAAAAUUGUUCAAGAAAACUAUGGGUGGUUUUAUCCGGCAUGUCGAAACUGUAACAAGAAGGUGUUGACUAAAACUGAAUACUUACAAUAUGCUAAAAUCAUUUCUGAUGAGGUCAUGAAUCUGUCUCCUACUUCAUUGGUUUGUCCGAAAUGCGAUAAAGAAUGUACAUCGAUAACCAUUAAGUUCAAGGUACAUUUGAGAGUCCAAGAUGAAACCGGUAGUAUCUCUUUCGUGAUGUUUGAUAAAGAUGUAACGAAGCUCAUUGGUUCAACUGCGAGUGAUAUAAGGGAACGCCAAGUGAAGGCCAAUGAUACUGAGAGUUUUCCACAUGAAAUAUCUCGGUUGGUUGAAAAAAAGUUGGCUUUUAAAAUUGAAGUUUCUGAUUACAACCUUAACCAUGACUAUCAUGUUUACACUAUCCAAAAAUUAUGUGAUGAUCCGGACAUACUUGCUGAGUUGGUUGCUGGUAAUGGUAAUGGUCUUGAGGUUGUUGAUGAGGUGUUUAGUCAAGAAGGUUCAGAAAUCAAAGUUGAGAGAUUAUCUGAGUCCUCACAGAUGGCUGGUGCUGCUAUUUCAAAGGAUGUUGUAUCUGUUACCGCCGACUCUUCUGUUGUCGAAGCCGAGAAGGAUUCGGGCACCAGUCCGAAUGGUAAACGUUCGUUGCAGGAUGUGGAAGGUCAAAAUAUUGGGGAACUGUCUUCUAGCAGCAAAAAUAAUCGGAAGAGGUCAUCUAGGGUUAAAACCUAG